GUCGUUGUUUUUAUUCCCCUGCUUCUCCGAACAUGAAAGAGGCGAACAUGGCUGUCCCUGUGAGUAUCGGGGCUCUGCUUCAGUCAGAGGUCCUGGAGGAUGCUGCUUAUCGGGACGACGGCUUGUGUGUCGUCGGUAUCUUCGGUAAAAGCAACAUGCAGCCCGUGCCGCCGAAGGAGUCUCUCAUCAACACUCUGGCGGACAAACACAUCUUCUCGCUAUUCGGCGGACCGGAGGGCGGCGGCACCGCGGACAGCCACAUCCAGGCUUUCUACAACCAGGAGAACCGGGUGCUGUACCUGCUGCUCUCUUCCGUCUGCGAUAGCCGGCAGCUCCUGCGGGCCUGCCAGUCUCUGAGCGCCGGCACCGGCCACUCCGACUCCCACGACUUCUGGAAAGGCCUGGACAGACAGCACUGCCUCCACCUGCUCUACAUGUUCUCUGUGUGUCACGUCCUCCUGCUCGUACACCCCAACCAGACCUUCGACGUGACCUACGACCGGCUCUUCAGAGCCCUGGACGCCCUGCGACAGAAGGCGCUGCCUCUGAUCCGAGCUGCCAUCAAAGACUGCCCCGUGUCCAAGGAGUGGAAGGUGAACUGCCGGCCCUGCCCUCCGCGCCUGCUCUUCGUCUUCCACAUGAACGGCUCUCUGAAGGUUUCUGCAAAUGGCUCCGAGUCUGGAGGAAACCCAGACAAACCCAAAAAGCACUCUCCCAGGAGGAGGCUGCAGCAUGCCCUAGAGGACCAAAUUUAUCGCAUCUUCCGUAAAAGCAGAGUCCUGACCAACCAAAGCAGCAACUGCUUGUUCACUGUACCUGCCAACCAAGCAUUUGUGUAUGUAAUACCAGCAGCGGACGAGGACCCUGUGGGUGCCUUGCUUGGUCAGCUGCGGUCCAACUGCAUCUUGUGUGAUCAAGACUCCACCACGUCGGUAUCAGGACCAAGGCGGUACCAGCAGAUGCGACGUUCAACUCGGCAAUCCAGCCUCAGUGGAGACUCGGGCAUCAUGUCCAUGGGUGGUCAGCUGGUGGACUGCAGCUUGAAGGAGUUCCUCUGGCAGCACGUAGAGCUGGUGCUGACCAAGAAAGGCUUUGACGACAGUGUCGGCCGCAACCCACAGCCUUCGCACUUUGAGCUGCCGACCUACUCCAAAUGGGUCCAGGUUGCCUCCAGACUCCACCAAGUCCUAAUUAGCAACACAGAGGAAGAAACGGCCGAGUUAGCCACGAAAGUGCAAAGCCAGCUGAAAGUUUUGGAGGGUUUCCUCGAUGCCGACACUAAGUUCUCUGAGAACAGGUGUCAGAAGGCUCUGCCACUGGCUCACAGCGCUUACCAGUCCAACCUUCCCCAUAACUACACUACUACAGUGCACAAAAACCAGCUGGCGCAAGCUUUGCGUGUGUACAGCCAACAUGCUCGCGGUGUGGCUUUCCAACGCUAUGCACUGCAGCUUCAUGAGGACUGCUACAAGUUCUGGAGCAACGGCCACCAACUGUGUGAGGAGCGAAGCCUGACUGACCAGCACUGUGUUCACAAGUUCCACCUGCUGCCUCAGCCAGGAGAAAAGCCAGACAUGGAUCGCAACCCACCCAUCCUGAACCACAACAGCAGGGGACGCUCCACCAGCUCCUGUAACUGUGGCAGGAAACAGGCUCCUCGUGAGGAUCCGUUUGACAUCCAGGCUGCCAAUUAUGACUUCUACCAGAUGCUGGAGGAGAAAUGCUGCGGGAAGCUGGAGAGGAUUGAGUUUCCUGUGUUCCAGCCCAGCACCCCAGACCCAGCCCCAGCUUGCAACCAAGCUCAGCGACUCCCAUGUGAGGCCUCAGGGUCUGGUGAAGCAGAGAGGCUGAAGGAGCCGAGCACUGCCCAGAGCCAUACGCCUGGAGACACCAGCCUCAGCCUGGCUCUCAGUCUAGGCCAGUCCACGGACAGUCUGGGUCCGUAUGGUGAUGGAGACGGAAACGAAACCCAAGUCCAGCAAAAGAGACCAAGCCUUGUAGAUCGCCAGCCCUCUACUGUGGAGUACCUCCCAGGUAUGAUGCACUCUGGCUGCCCCAAGGGCCUUCUACCCAAGUUCUCCAGCUGGUCACUGAUCAAACUGGGCCCAGCAAAGUCAUAUAACUGCCACACCGGUCUGGAACAGCCAGGCUUCCUCCCCGGCUCCUGCUUCCUCUUGCCUUGGGACUUGGUGAUCCGGUCUCGGUCAGAGGACGAUACAGGUCUUACGGAGCCUUUGGAUGGAGGCACCUCCUCAUGGCCAGCCCCCAACAAGUCCCUGGUGGGAAAACGAGGGAGCACUGGAGGGCUGGGUAGGAGUCGCAGAAGGGAUGAUAUGGCUCGCGCAUUUGUAGGAUUUGAGUACGAGGACAGCAGGGGAAGACGCUUCAUUAGCUCUGGGCCUGAUAAGAUAGUGAAGGUGCUGGGUCCAGGGGGUGCCAAAGAUCCUGCCACCAGGGUGUUAAACACCGACAUGCCGCUGUACAUUCCUUCCCCUUCCCAGGGCCGUGGCCUGAAGCCUCACUACGCCCAGCUGGCUCGCCUUUUUAUUGUGGUCCCUGAUGUUCCGCUGGAGGUUACCCUCAACCCACAGGUACAGCCUGGUCCUCAUCCCUGCCCAGUUUUCCAUCCAGAGCAGACAGAUAUAGUGUUGCCCCCUGAUGGUCUUUGGGUUCUGCGGUUCCCUUAUUCCUACGCAACAGAUCGAGGCCCCUGUUACCCCCCCAAAGAAAACCAACCCCUCAACAACUACAAGGUGCUGAGAGGCAUCCUGAAGGCCACCACUGCUAACCCUCCACCACAAUAAACUUGAACCUUUUUUUUAAGGGCUUCACCUUUCUCAACCCAGUCUUAUUGAUUUAUCUAAGACAGGCUGAGAACAUUUAGUUUUUUGUUUCUCUGCACAUGGAUCAGUCAGUGAUGUCCUCUCGUCAGAUCUCUUGUCUGGCUCCACCAUGAGGUCAAAAUCUCCCCAAGGGUCUGAGAAUCUAAUUUCUGGAUUCUCAUUAAAGGAGCAGUGGAUGUUCAUGCUCAUCCCACUGAUUUUUCAUGACCUCACGACCUUUUCUUUUUAGAGCACAAUUCAAACAGUUUUACUGAACGCUUUCACGCUCCCAGAGGAAGAACCCACUUGUGGCACUUGGGAACAAUUAUGACCGUCUCAUAACCGCAAUUAUUUUACUCAAGUCCAACUUGAAGUCAACUUGAGUCACUUCUCUGUGACAACCAUCAAGUUCUUUAUCUUGUGCCGCUUUGCAAAUGUUCUUAUAUUUUACAGGGUGAAGUCUGCUUAACAAAGGUCAGCAGCAACAAAGAAAGUAGACAUUAAAGCAGAGGCUGAGGUGGAGUAUCAAUAAUUAGGCUGAAUUAAUGUGUGCUCUGCUUCAAGGGCAGUAUCUGUAUGGUGCCACAUGUCAAAGACUCGUCUGUAAAGUUAAUCAUGGCUUACGUUCUUAGAAAGACACAGAGUCCUGGGAGUGGAACAUGUUCUUGAUAUUUUUUGUAAAUAAAAAUCCAGUGUUAGAUAAUGUUAUGAAUGAUACCUGCUCAAUGAAACAAAGAAACAAUCAUUCUGAUCUAUACUUGAAGUCACAAAUGGCAGCCUAAAAAAGAGAAAAGCUUCAGAUUUGAGGUCAGUUUUAAAGCCAGAAGCACUGCAUUCUACCUUUUACUCACUAGGUGGAGUUGGGCUCUUUCACCUUGGUUAAACCAGCUCUUCGUCCCUUGAUGGAGGCAAAUGACCCAUUUAAAGCUAAGACCAAAGUUAAACCUGUUUCCUAACAGAGAAAUGGGUCAUACUGGACUGUUUAUUCAUCAUUUAGGCCACACAUAUUUUUCUUUCAAUGAAGAGAUGAGAGAGAUAGCAUGUUUACAAUUCAGUACAGUUCAGAUUUUUGCCACAUGAUUUGACUCCACGUUUCCCAUAUCCCCCUGGUGCUGGCUUCAUUGCACUGGUGUCAUGUCAAAGUUAACAUUGAAUCCUUACAGUGGGUUUUAAAACUACAUAUAUUCUACAAUUCUAUAAUUAAAGUUGUUUGACAUAACUUUGGGUAGCUCACUGUGGAGCCACAGAAGAUAUUAUAUACCUCUUUUCACAGGCUGAGUAGAACCAACCAGUGUCAUGUAAACUGAACUUCAUGUGUAAAAUCUGCAGUGUGCCCACAAAAACAGCUGAAAGGUAAUUGUUUGAGUUUACAUUAAACUUUUCU